AUGGGUGUCAAAAUUCGUAAAGUCUUUUGUUAUCCGACAAAUGCCAUUAGUACGAGCAGUGUAAGCAGCAGUGGCGAAUCAAUAUAUAUUGGACGAGGACACUAUGAAAAUACUUUAACUGUGGGAAAAAUAUUACCCUCUCAUGGUUGUCUUUAUAUUCCUUUUAAUGGCAUGGAAAUAAAAUUAUUGAAUUUUGAAAUUUUAAUUUAUUGUAAGGAGGAACCGAUGGAAUUUAUGAAAUCGAAAAGUAAGUUUCCCUUUUGUAAGCCAAAUUAUUCACGGUAUCAACAACCACAAUUCAAAGCAUCUCUACCGCAAUCUGAACAACCUCAGAUUUAUAAAAUCCAACAAGACGAUGCAGGUCCCUUUUGUGAGCCAAAUUAUUCACGGUAUCAACAACCACAAUCCCAAUCACCUCCACCGCAAGCUGCACAACCCCAGCCUGUAGCGUCCAGUUCAAAUUUAAAUAUUGUAUUGCCUGCAUCAUCAGCAACUGCCCUACCAGACUACGACACUUGGGUAUUUGCACAACAUGAUCAAAUUCCCGCUGACGCGGUACAUGCUGGUUACGAUAUCGAUGGAACACCAAUGUAUGUUGCUCGCGCUUUUCAUGAUGGAGAUUAUAUACCAGCCAAAGCAUUUCCAUCGCUUAAUUUGGCCUGUAUAACGUUCGAGGACCAGGAAAUAGUUAAAAGUACUUAUGAGUACUUGACAGGUAAAAACUACAUAUGGAUGUCACCAGCUCCGUUUACUGUCGGUGCUGUUGUUGUGAAUCCAAUUUCUACAAAUGAGCAUUUAUAUAUGGGCCGUACCAAUUACAGUGGAAGUUUGCUUUGUGGUAAAUUUAAACGUUUAGAAGAUCGUCUCUAUGUAUCUUUUGGUGAGAGAGAAAUUCCUAUUACUAGUUCUUUCGAAAUUUUGGUACAUAAAGGGAGACAUGCCAGUAUACAACUAGCUAUUACCAGUAGCCAAUAAAUGCUGAGGUUUAACUUCAAUCCUAUUAAUUUUGUCAGGUUUAUGAAAACUAUUAUCAGUAUAUAAAGGAUCAUCUACUAAUAAAUCACUUUUGUCUUUUUUUAUUAUUGACUCAAACAAUUGUUAAAUGUUGUGUUCAUUAAAAGGAGAAGCAAUUUUAUUUUUCGAGAUAACUUAGUAAUGAUAAGCGACAUAGGUUUCACUUUUUUUAAAUAUUGUUAUCCUAAAAAGGGGGA